AUGGUCAAUUGGCAAUCCCCCGACAUCAUCGCGGCCAACGCUGUGGCCUUCGACCGCUUUAUGCAUUGUCUCUUGGGCUUGUAUAUGUGGGAGUUCGCCACGUCACUUGACUUCGACUGGCAGUUCAUCUCAGGCAAGAAGCGCUUCAAGUGGCCAUUGAUGUUUUAUUUCGCCGGUCGCUACUGCCUGCUAUUUGCGUUGAUCGGAAUCGCAAUAGCACUCAAUGUCACCACAGAGGUUAACUGUCAAGCGCUCUACACCUUCAACCAGGUGUUCGGUAAUGCUGCCAUUGGUUUGGCAAGCAUUAACUUGUCUCUCAGAACUAUUGCGGUGUGGUCCCAGAACAAGUACAUCAUCGUUCUUCUAGUCAUCAUCAUCCUCGGCCACUGGUCAUUCCUCCUUCACGGUAUACUUCUGAAGGCCCAAUGGGUCGGCGGUGCUUGCCAGAUCACGUCCACUAGCAACGAGAUCCUUGCCAUUAGCUUCAUCUACUCGAUGGUCUUCGACUUCCUCGUCCUUUGCUUAACUGCAUGGAAGCUCGCGUUCCCUGCUAAUGGGCGAUCCAGACUAGUUGGCAUGAUCUUUGGCGACGGUUUGAUCUACUUCGUCAUCGCCUUCUUGGCUAACCUUAUUGCGACGACAUUUAUGCUUCUCAAUCUGAAUGCUGUCAUGUCGAUCAUCGCAAAUGUACCCGCUGCCAUCGCAAGCACAAUUGUAGCAUGUCGAGCUGUUCGUCGGCUGACCAACUACACGACGCGCGGUGCCGAGAUGUUCAAUGGUACUACUACGGGUGGAUCAACCCUUGCCUUCCGCAGUGCAACCUUACGCCCACUUUCUACUUCCAUGGCGAAGAAAGGCGGAGACAGCGUCCAUGUUCAGAUGGAGAACCUUGGGGAUUCCACAUCUGAGACUCCGGUCGCCGAGUACGACGCGGCUGGGCGUAUCAUCAAGGGCGAUGAUUACGACCCCGAAGCUCAGAUUAUCAACGAUGACUUCAAGCGGCCACCUUACUAGACGCCUAUGUCUCGUUUUAUUGUCUUCGGUCUGAUCGUAUCUCUCCUUUUUGCACUUCGAAUCUCUUGGAUCAUUCAUCUCGCAUCAUCGCAUCAUCCAGCAAAGGUAUCUUCUUGGGCAUCUGUAUUCUGUCUUUCAUCAAUUUCAAUCUUCAUCACAUCAACACAUUCUCGCCAUCAUUCUCGCUUUCGUUCAUUCUCAGUCUCUCUCUCUUCCUACACCACAUUUCUUGCAUUGGACAGACCGUGAUACGGGUUGACUGGCCUCGACUCGUGCCGUUCUGGCCCCGAGUCCAUGGACACCUGGUUUCGCAUCUCCGCUCUUCGCAUCACCGCCUCGACAGCGCGCUAGGCGCUUGUCAACAAAAGGUCUCCGGCUUACCGUUCGUACCUCCCUGGUCACACUCCUUCCUUCCCAUGCUGUGGCGGCCCCGCACAGAUGCUCUUCUGGCCGCUGUCAGAUUCUGCCUCAGCUUAUGGGAGGUGGAGCAUUCGACGGAAACACGGGGCGCUACGUACAGCAGGGAAGUACAAGGGGAAGGCUAAAUCUGGGAUGCGAUGGUUUCGCGGUGGCGCACGGACUUCUCCGGACUUCUCUAUCUUUUUACCAUAGUUUGAUAACACGCGUACAGAAAAAAGCAGUUGAUUCAAUUGGUGUACAAUAUCAGGUUGGCCAUGUGCCUCUUCUAUACAUGGGGUGUAUACAAAAUCUACUAUCUCUACGUUCGUUUCUCGC